GCCACUUCACCAACAACCUUUGCAGUAUUCCUUGCUCCUCUCUUCUCUUUCCUCUUCAGUUAUAUUUCUUCCUGGAGAUAAUAAAGAGAUGAAGACGAUGGUACAGGAGGAUCACAAUAAGAAGAUGAAAGUGAAGAAAGGAUGGCUCGCCGUCGAGGUUGGUUUGGCGGAGGAAGACGACGGCGAUCAUGGCGGCACUCGCCGGUUUGUUAUCCCCAUCUCCUAUCUGUACCACCCCCUCUUCCGUCGUCUUCUUGAUAAAGCUUACGAAGUCUAUGGUUACCACUCCGAUGGGCCUCUCAAGCUUCCCUGCUCCGUCGACGACUUCCUCCAUCUCCGGUGGCGGAUCGAGAAAGAACCCAACCACCACCACAACCACCACCAUAGCCAACAUCACCUUCCCCACGCCUUGUUCUUUCACUGUUGAACUUACACACAAAAAGAGAACUGACUUUUUUCUGGUUGCCCUUUGACUCCAUGGAAGCAGAAAUUUUGUAUCCUGCAGCAGCGUGCUUCUCUUCUUGAUUCUGGUUAAUUUCAUAGGUGGUUCAAGUUUUGAUUGAAAUUAAUCUGAAAGAUCAGAGAUCAGAUGGUCCAUAUAUAUAUAUAUAUAUGUAUGCCAUGUACAUGAAUUUAAAUUUACCGUAUUUACCCCUGUUUUCUUUGUUCCUUUUAGAAUAAUAUUAGGAAAAUUGAGAGAUGCCAAUUCCUAUGGCAUGUAAGCUCUUUCACAGCUUCAAUCUAGCUAUAAUAAGCUUAGGUUGCUAAUGCUGUCCCUUUAAUUCAAAAGGGAAAAGAAAGGGAAGAAGAGAUGGCAAUCAUCUCGUAGUUCAGGUUAUGUAAACUAUCUUCUUAUAAGGAGGAGGUCAAGGUCGAGGUCGUGUGUCCAAUCCCACUCGUAAUAUCAAGUGUUUGUCUCUUUAAUUCGGUAGUAUGCAAGCCCUCACGGGUUGGAUUCAUAAUCUUAUGAUGUUAAUGCAGUCUUUUCUAAUUCAGAAGAAGAAGACAUGACAAAUCAUCUUAUAGUCUUGGGCAUUUAAGCUUUCCUUAUAAGUAGAAAGUCGUGUGUUAUCCCAUUAAGUUCUUGGAAAGAAAUAGAAGAGAUGGAAAAGGUAACUGUGAGUGGAGACAGGUGAGUGUGCAGGGAGGGAGAUAGAGAAUGGAAAGAAGAAAUAUGACAGAAUGGCAAGUGGCAGGUUUAGCUGUUUGGUGUCGUUUUAUGUUAUGUGGUACACGGCACACAAAUCCUGUAGUAGUAGUCUAUGAUGUUUUGCUGUUCAAGGUUGCCGGUAUGGGCCAGAGUCAGACUGCCACUACCGUUAUCUUGUUUUACUUGGCCAUGGAUUUUUUUGCCCCUUAUUGGGGCCAUGGAUCAACUUUUCAUUUUAAAUAAUAAGCACUUAUGAUGUUUAA